AUGGACGAAUCGCUGUCUUUGAGUAUUGGGAUCAAGCAGGAUAUGAAUAUCCAACGCAACGAAACGCUACUCAAAUCUAUCACCUGUGUGACUAGUGCAGCUUAUGGCUUCUACGACCAAGAUAAAGGAACCUGUCUUGAAGGAACGCAGGUGGCUGUUCUCGAGAAGAUUCAAAACUGGAGCAUUGGCCCUGAAGAGAAGCCCAUCCUGUGGCUCCAAGGAAUGGCAGGAACCGGCAAGUCUACGAUCGCCCGAACUGCGGCCGCAUCAUUUCGGAAUGGAACGUGGUUAACGAACCACGGUGCUCUCCCUGAUAAUGUUUGCCUUGGGGGUAGUUUCUUCUUCGAUCACAAAAAGCAGGAUUGUAAGGACCCCCGGAACCUCUUCCCGACAUUGGCUCGUCAGUUGGUUGAAGUGAUCCCGGAGAUCCAGGAGUCUGUUUGUGCCGCAAUUUCCAACCAUCAUGAUAUCCAACAACGAACACUCCGUGAUCAGUGGAGGUACCUGAUUUGGGAGCCCCUUUCCAUGCUCCAAAGUGAUCUUCGAGACACGGUCAUCGUUGUCAUCGAUGCCCUGGAUGAAUGCGAGGUCAAGGCCAAUAACUGCGAAAACGAUGUGGAGGUGAUAUUAGGGCUGUUGAGUCAAAUACAAAAGCUUCGCUUGGUGCGGAUACGUGUUCUCAUCACCAGUCGACCGGAAGCCGACAUGCAACGCCACAGCAGAAGUCUCUCCCAGGACAUUCACGACCAGACCUUGGAGAAGGUGAAACUCGUCAACGACACCGAUGAUCGAGAAGACGACAUCACUCGCUUGGUGAAACACGAGAUGAUUGCGAUCAAAAAGAGUCAUCCCCGCCUGCCUGCAGACUGGCCGGGCACCCAGUCUCUUAGACAGCUCGUCGUCCAGACCGAAGGUCUGUUCAUCUAUGCUACGACGGUCUGCCGGUUCUUGCGUGAUGCUACGGAGCGAACCAUUCAGCCUCGACUCGAAACGAUCCUGGGCAAUAAAUUCGAUGGAAACUCAAAGGGUAACAAUCUCGAUGAGAUGUAUACCAGAAUUCUCAAAAUCAUUCUCACCGGAGAAGCAGACAAUGAUGCGGAGAUGUCAAGUUUGUUCAAACAGGUCGUGGGCUGUAUCAUAGUCCUAUCGCAGCCGAUGUCUCUGAUAGACUUAGGCCACCUCAUUCCCUGCAACAUUGACGACAUAAAAUGGGCUCUGGGGCAAUUACGUUCGGUCAUUGAAGUGCCACAGGAUCCACACGAGGAUAUCCAACUUGUCCACCUGUCCUUUCGAGACUUCCUUCUUGACCAUUCAAGAUGCAACAAUGACCUUUUUUACUUGGAGGAGAGAGAGCGGAAUCACGUCGUCUUCGAAUAUUGCUUGGACUUGAUGACGCGCUACCUGCGACGCGAUAUCUGCUGCCUCCGGGAACCUGGCAUUGAGCUGUCCCAGAUAAACCUGGAGUCAUCGGAGAAUAAAGAAUCGUUCCCGGACAGUGUGCGAUAUGCCUGUAUCCAUUGGGUUGAGCAUCUUGAGCGUAGCGGUGAUGCAUCGUCCGCGGACGAAGCUCGAACUCUGGAUUUUCUUGAAACCCAUUUCACUCACUGGUUGGAGGCAAUGUGUCUGAUGGAAAUGAUGCCGCAUGUGAUCAAAUUAUUCAAGGUUCUCACAUCAAUGAAUAUGAGCGAGAGAAUGGGCAAAUUUCUCUUCGAUGCUAGGAAGUUUACGACAAACUUCAGGCUUCACAUUGAGAAGAUGCCCCUACAGAUCUAUACAUCGGCCCUUCCAUGUGCCCCUCACAACAGCAUCAUCCGAAAUUUGUUCGGAACGGAGAUUCCAGCCUGGAUAACACAGCUUUCGGCGGCACAAAGCGACUGGGAUGCUUUUUCACAUAACCUUGCCAUAUCGGGAAGGGCCAAUUCAAUGGAGUUCUCCCCUAACAAUGAACUAUUAGCAGUCAACAGCUCAUCAGGGGUUUGCGUAUUCGAGACAGCUACAUGGACGCGCGUCCUGGAGAUCAAUGGAGGCGAAUCCGAUCAUUUGAAAAUUAUCUUCUCUCCAGACAGUUCGCGCUUGGCAGUGCUUUUCUCACACGGAAAUGCUCGGGUAUGGCAUGUGCGUGACGGAAAAUGGAUGGAUAUCGAAGCCCAGUUGGAAAAGAUUGUUGGGAUUCAGUUCUCGGGCGAUGGAAGGGAGCUUGUCUGUUUGUUGGACGACAACACCAUGACUAUAGCCAACGGACAAACUGGUAACAUCUUAGCCAAGUUUUCACAUGGUGUCACAGCUUUUCCAUUGAACUACCGUUCUUCGUCGAUGCGAACUAAUCUAGCUGUCUCCGACGAUGGCCGAUUCAUUGCAAUAGUGGAUGAUACAUUUCAUGUGAACGUCUUCGACCAAAACCGAAGCUCAGUUGUUUAUAACCAUGGCCUUGAUGCUGUCCAUCGUUAUCACAUAAUAUCGAUGUCCUUCUCCCAUGACGGAAGACAUUUGCUAUCUGCAUCCUCCGAUGGCUACGUCAAAGUAUGGGACUCGAAACACAACGAGCUUUAUGAACAUAAUACCGGUUAUAAUAUUCUGCAAGCAGUAUUUUUGGCCGAUUCUGCGGCCGUUGCUAUUGUUCAGGAAGAUCUGACAGUGUCCAGGUGGACCUGGAUGACUGGGAAGACAGAAAGACAGGGGAUUGAGCGGCCCCUCGAGGAUCCAAGUGCCUACGAAUAUUGUCAAUUCUUAUUUCCUCAAUCCGGCCCGGUCGCGAGAUGCAUGAUGGGCAACGGUGAUGAUGGUGUGUGGAAGAACAUCCGGACCACGUGUGCUCAAAUCAAACACAGAUCCUCCCCAGGCAACAUGCAGAUUUCUAUUUCGCCCAAUGGGAGGCUUAUUGCAUCGGUUGAAUCGGGGAAUGUCUCGAUUUGGGAACUGUCUGCACGAGAGAUACAGAAUCAGAGUGCUGACGAUGAUACUUUUUUUUCGGUGGAAAUCUCACCGGAGGGGAAUACGGUUGCCUCGUGUAGUUCAAACGGAGUCAGACUGUGGAAGGCAAGUGCCGAAGAAAUUGCAGAGAUCCAGCUUGGAACCCCAGCUUUUACUGGUUUCCGGCGUCGUGUGGGCUUUUCUGCCGACGGCAGAGUGCUCAUAAUUAGUUCGAAUGACGGGCUAAUUCGACUCUUGGAUGUAACAACUGGACAACUUCUGCCCAGUAUUCAUCUCUCAGAUGCUGAAUACCUGCAUAUCGAAUUAUCACGGGACAAAACCUUGCUUGCAUUAGCGUGGAAAACAAGAGAUGAACAAGAAAGCAAUGGACAGGUUACCUUAUGGGAUCUGGCAAAGAACCAAGCCUUCCGCGAGUUCGAGGUGGGGAUGAUACCCUUUAACUUUAUGAAUAUAGCCAUUUCGCCCAACGGCAGCACAAUUGCUGUCUCCAUGUGGGAAGAGAUCAGGGUGUAUAGCUCUGCUGGAACUAUCAUACACGCCUUGGACCAUAAGGGAUUCUUUCCGUAUUUAGCAUUUUCGGCAAACGGGGAGCUGAUUGCCUCCGCAGACAAGAAUAUCACUAUAUGGAAUACAGCAACAAUGAAGAAGUUGAACGAAAUCCCGUGUCCAGGCGGUAUUAGCUGGAUCAGCUUCACAGAUGAAGACCGCUUCCUCUCAACCGGCAAGGGGCGAUUUUCUAUCGCCUCCAUUCUAUCGAAUGAUGAUGAUGUGGAUGGAUCUGGGUCCGGGUUAUAUUGCCGUGGCUUGUACAUCAUGAAUGGAAGGAAGACGAUUCUUGCCCUUAAGCCUGAGCUCACAGCUUGCACACCCUCAGUGCGCGGGAACAAAAUCGCCCUGGUCUUUCCGCCUGAUCGAGUUGGCAUCUUUGAGAUCGAUAUUGAGGUCGAUCAUGUCCUCUGA